AUGGGUUCUCCAAGUCCGCCAAAUAAGCGAAAAGCUGACGCGCCGAUAUCACCUCCCCAGAUCAAGCGAAAGAUCCAAAGCGGGACGACCAAGAACGCCGUCGCAAAUUUCUUCAAGCCUACUUCACAAAAGCCCAAAGAUCGAGUAACGUGGUCGGAACGAGGCCCCAAUGACGAUAGCCCCGCUACGCUUUUAGUCGGUCGUUAUGAGCCGGAGAAGGCCGAGGACAAAUCCAAAACGAGACACAAGAUUGCUGCCUUCGACCUCGAUUCGACUCUUGUAAGGACAUCUUCGGGGAAGAAGCACGCGGGAAGUGCUAGUGAUUGGAAGUGGUGGGACAGUCAAGUUCCUCAAAAACUACGACAACUAUACAAUGAGGAGGGCUACAGAGUGGUGAUUCUUUCCAACCAGGCAGGGUUGACAUUGCACUUUGACGCCAAAUAUAAGGGCCCAAAGGCAAACGCACAGAAGCGCGUUGGCGAGUUCAAGCAGAAAUGCAGUGCGAUUCUGAGCAAUCUUGAUUUGCCAGUCACCCUGUACGCAGCUACGGAGAGAGAUAUAUAUCGCAAGCCGAGGAUUGGAAUGUGGAAAGAGCUUUGCGAAGAUUAUGAUAUCUCAGAAGCAGAUAUCGACUUGAAGAAUAGCUUCUUCGUGGGGGAUGCUGGCGGAAGAAUUGCGUCCAUGGGCAAAGGGUCAGGCGGUGUGGCAGCCGUGUCCAAAGAUUUCAGUUGCUCAGACCGAAACUUUGCACACAAUGCAGGCGUCGACUUCAAGACCCCAGAAGAAUAUUUCCUUGGCGAGAAACCGAGGGACUUCAUUCGCGAUUUCGAUCUUGCGAGAUACCCCUUUCAAGAAACCAAGGCUGACGGGGCAUCUGAAGUCUUGUUUGAAAAGACAAACAAGCAGGACAUUGUGAUGUUUUGUGGCCCCCCGGGUGCUGGGAAAAGCACGUUUUAUUGGAAUGUCUUGAAGCCCUUGGGGUACGAGCGAAUUAACCAGGAUCUUCUCAAGUCUCGUGACAAGUGCGUCAAAGCGGCAAAGGAGCACUUGAACAGUGGCACCUCUGUCGUUAUAGACAAUACUAAUGCCGACCCUGACACGCGCGCGGUGUGGGUGGACCUAGCUCGAGGGUUCAAACUGCCCAUUCGGUGUGUUUAUUUCAAGACUCCGCUCGUGGUUUGUGAACACAAUGACGCCGUGCGGUCACUGAAUACUUCGCUGAACCCCGAGCAAAGGGAAGUGCUACCGAAACUCGCAUUCACUGGCUUUUCUUCGCGCCACAAGCCUCCGCAAGUAAAGGAGGGCUUCCAAGAUGUGAUCGAAGUCGACUUCACGUUUCGUGGAGAGAGGCAAGACUUUGAAAUAUGGGCCAAAUAUUGGAUCUGA